AUGGCAGACACUCAGGAAAUCGCCAUCGCUCAAGCUCAAGCACCAUUCGAUGAUCAUAAUUGUGAUAUCAUCCUCCGUUCGGCCAAUGAUGUCGAUUUCCAUGUCUUCAAGCUCAUUCUUUCGCUCAUGUCACCCGUGUUCAAAGACAUGUUUGAGCUACUGCAGAGCGAAUCACAGUCAGACGUAUCGUCCGUGCCCGUCAUUACUGUGACUGAAAGUAGCACGACCCUUGAGUCCCUUCUUCUACUCUGCUAUCCUGCCACCACCCCGACCUUCGACAGCUUGGAUGAUGCAAAGGUUGUGAUGAAAGCAGCUAGUAAGUAUGACAUGCAAGCGGCCCUCAGCCGUGCAGGGGACCUCGCGAUGGCACAGUUUUUACCAAAUCACUUUCUCGAGCUAUACGCUCUCUCUUCCGCUACCCGGACCCUUGAGACCAAAGAUCUAGGACGACCCAGCAAUAUGUUUAAUGGUAUGCGAGACAUCACCGCUUUGGAUCACCACAGACGCCUCGAAUACCAUUAUAAAUGUGGCAUCGCUGCUCAAUCAGUCGGAAGCUCUCUUUCCUAG